CUUUUAGAAUCACGUGGCACUUCUCUCUCACAACUUCGUGCCUUGAUUUCUGCUUAGCGCCAACAUUACCGUUCCUCUCACGUCGCGCAUCUCGGCUUACUUACUGUGCAGAUCUGGUCCUGUCGAUCUCUUCCAAGGUCACCCGAUCUCUGCGCUGGCACGCACGUCACCUCUCAUUCUGGAUCAUCUCAUAGCUCAACGAGGCUCACUAUGGGGAAUGGGUCAUUUGACGAGGGUCCAGCACCCCAGGUCCUAGGUACAGAGCCUUCAACAACUGCUGAGUUGUCAGCGGCCCGGUCGCAUGGCGUUGCAUCUGAGUUGAGUACUCGCCAGUCCAAGCGAGCUAAAUGUCGUUUUUUCAAAUCCAAAAAGGGAUGCCGGCUUGGAUCGACUUGUCCAUACCUUCAUGAUGCCUCGGCUCUAGAGUCUAAUCGGACUCCGUCGGAACAUCAGACACCCACUCAACCUUUGGGUGGUGAUACUGAAAGUCCAGUCCAGGAGAUAGUCGCCGAUGCCCAGAAGCUGAAAAUCGGUGGCAAGUCGAAGAGCUCUGCCGCUUCGGCAGCAGCCCAGCCCCAAAGACCGGUUUCUAAACUGGAGCAAUCAGACCCAAGAGAGUUCCAGAUCAACCAGUUGAGGCGGCGUUACCGCCCACAGGAGAUCAAUGACGACCAAGGCUCUAUCUUGACCUUUGGAAUGGUUCCCUCGGAUCCUGAUUUCCCAUUCGAGCUGGAGAGACUUCAAUGUGUUCUUCGUGUCCCGAGCUCAUAUCCCAAUGGGCGGCCUACGCUUAGAGUGACCAAUUCUGAAAUGGAAGCUGCAUAUCAAGCCAAUGUUGCGCGGGGAUUUGACGAUAUUGUCGAUUUCACAAUCCGAACCAAUAACCGGGGAACACUACUAACCUGGCUGAACAGCUUGGACAAGCAGCUUGAGAAGCUGCUUACUAGUCUGGAGCGCGGGCCAACGCUGAAGUUCUUCUCGAACGUCGGUGAUGCCACUGCUACUAAGGAACCCACAAAGGGCCCAGAAAAAAAUUUGAGUCAGAGCUCAUCGCAGGUAACCGCGAAAGCAUCAACUAUUCAUGCUAAAAAGCCAACUGUGGCACCACAAGCACGAAAUACAGCUCACAAACUCUCGGCCGAGGCGAAAGCUGCGGCUGAGAAGAGGCGAGCACUCGAGACUAAACAACUCGAGGCACGUCUUGGGAGAAUUCCUAUGUUCCAAAAGAUGCAAGAUGGGAGAACAUUCAUUAUUCCUGUCCAGCCAGCUAAAAAGAUUGCACUCAAGACUGUGAAGCUGCUUGUUCCAACCCUCUACCCGCUCGAGCACAGCUCGAUUAAACUGCAGGGAGUCGACGGCCCAGAGGCGAAAGCUACAGAGACAGGAUUUUCGCAAUGGGUCGAACAGACGUCACAGCUGAAUCUGGUUUCCCAGAUCAACUACCUGGCAAGCAACAUGCACAAAUUCGCUGAAACACCUCUGCCAGAAGAGGAAGAACCCAAUGAAGCUACUACUUCCACAGCCGAAGAAGAGGAAGACGAAGUGGAAGAGUUCACACAAGCUGAGCCUUCAGCCCAAGACUCAGAAGAUCGACCCCAUCUCCAUGUCAUUCCUCGGCCACCAGAGUGGUCAGUCCCAGAUCCGCACAGUGGCGCCGAGGAAACAACAGGUGAAUCAAGCUAUGAAGAAGAUGAGUACUCAGAAGAAGAGGAAGACGAAGAAGGAGGCGCGCCUGUGCCCCCAUCAGUGGAUACCAGCACGCCCGGACGAGGUGUAGCGCUUUCAUUCCCAUUCUUGGAGCUUUAUGGCAUCGAGUUGUUGGAGCUCACUACUCUCAAUAUUACUGUGAAGUGCGAUCGAUGCAAGACUUCUGCUGAUAUAAAGAAUGUGCCUCAUGUUAGCGAUGAGAAGGGCGCGAUGCCAAAAAUGGAAUCUUGCAAGAAGUGUGCUAAUAAUAUGAGUGUUGCGUUCCGGAGACAGUUGAUGCACACUCAUGCCAAUCGCGCUGGUUAUUUAGAUAUGGAUGGCUGUACUAUUGGCGAUAUGCUGCUAAGUAAUUUCACCCCAACAUGUGCAGAAUGCUCAACCGCACAUCCAGCACCUGGUGUAUCUGCCGUUCGCGGAGAGAGUGCCAUGGCCAUUUGCCGGGAUUGCCAUCGCAAGAUGGUCUUCAAGAUCCCCGAAGUGAAGUUCCUGCUCGUGGGAAAUGCAGCCAUCUCUGCUCGUGGCGCUCUCCCUCUCAAAAGAAAGCCCAAGGAAGUCCUCGGUAUCGUCGCAGGACAAGAACUCCCCAGGCGUGGUCGCUGCCAGCACUAUGCCAAAAGUCAACGCUGGUUCAGAUUCAGCUGCUGCGCGAAAGUUUUCCCAUGUGAUAAAUGCCACGACGCCGAAACCGACCAUCCAAAUGAACACGCAAACCGCAUGAUCUGCGGUUACUGUUCACGAGAACAAGUCUACAGACCUGAAAACUGUGGAAUUUGUAAAGCGAUUCUCAUUGGAAAGGCUGGUAGUGGGUUCUGGGAGGGUGGAAAGGGAACGAGGAAUCGGGCUCUGAUGAGUCGGAAAGAUCCUCGGAAGUUUAAGAGAAGGGGUGGGAAUGCUCCAACUUCGAGUUCGUCGAAGAGGAAGUAGAGGUGUUGUAUUAUGUAUUGACAUUGCGUUGCAUAGCAUUGCGAAGGGAAGUACAGAGAAAGAAAGGGAAAGCAUAAUAUAGAGUAGAUAUCAUUAGUCCCCAGGGCAAAUGUGGUCACUUUUACAUAUUGGAGCUUCCAAAGUAAUAUAAAAC